AUGGACGCUCUUCGCCUUGCCUCCGUCGCCGACUGUUCGUUCCAGUCCUCCUUCCUCGCGCCUUCCUCCCAGGCCCUGAAAUCUAGCACGGGGGCUUCAACUGUCGCCGUCUCUCGCGGCGCCGCGCGUCCGUCGCCUACAGUCGCAUCUCAGUUCAACGAAUCACAGAGGCGUCGCUAUAUCUCCCCUGCCCGCCGCCCCGCUCCCGGCGCCGCCGCAGCCGCGCCGUCGUCCGGCGCGCUCUAUCCGACGCUCAUUGGCCCCGCCAGCUACGAAACCGACGAUGAGGGCGCCGCCGCUGGGACGCCGACUUGCCCGUUCGAGGCGGACGCCGCCAGCCGCGUCAUCACGGUGAGCGCGUGGGAGGAAUUCGAUUCGCUCCUGGCGGCGGCAUCCGCGCGCGGCCAGCUGGUCGUGGUGGAAACCACCCUGGCCUCGCUCCCCAACACCGCGAAGAACUACCCCAAGCUGCAGCAGAUCGCGCGCGUCGCACCUGGUCGCACGCUGUUCCUGCGACUCAUGGCCGAUCGCAGCGACGCGCUGCGCGACCUGGCGAAGUCGCUGGGCGUGAAGCAGAUUCCGUCGUACUCGAUUUUUAGGGACGGGCAGAUGGUGCAUGAGGAGCCUGGCAUGGAUGUGGAUCGGCUGCUGCUGCAGCUGCAGUAUUACAGCAGCAGCGGGAGCAACCUCGGGAUGAACGCCGCGGAUAGAGCCGAGGGCGGUAGCGUGUACAGCGGAAGCACGGACACGGAGCAGGACGGGAAAGUGCUUGAGCUGAACGGUCGCGAGGAUUUCUAUGAGCUGCUGCGCCGGCAUGAGAAUGACGAUCGGUUGGUGGUGCUGAAAGCGACGCUGACUUUCUGUGGUCCGUGCGUGCGGAUUCAUCCGACGGUGGUGAAGCUCGCGCAGCGCAUGUCGGACACGGCGGUGUUUGCGCGCGUGUUUGGUGACAAUAACGAGUCGACGGUGACGCUCAUGAGGGAGCUGAAUAUUGUCGAGGCGCCUACGUUUCUGUUCUACAGGAGGGGGGAGCUGCUGGGGCGUUAUGUGGGUUCUGGAAGGGGGGCUUUGGUGGGUGAGGUUCUCAAGCAUCAGGGAAUUCAUCUGCUUAGACAGCUCGCGCCAGCCGCCAUUGCCGCGAGCUACUUGGCGGAAGGCUUGGCGCAAGGUUCCCCUGCUGCGGGGAGUUUCCACAGCGGCGCUACAGGCGUGUGCGGAAGCGGAGGGUCCGCGGUGCUGUCUUCCGCCGGUCCGCCAGGCGGAUGGCGACAUUUGGGGAAGCAGGGGGACAGCGGGGAGGAGGACUCGGACAAUGACCAUAGCGUGGAUGUCACUCCAUGGGUCCGCAGCGUCGCCAGCGGCGUGGAUCUGCUGCGCAACCCCAAGUACAACAAGGGGCUGGCCUUCACAGAGGAGGAGCGCGACCGCCUGUACCUGAACGGGCUGCUGCCUGCCGGCUACAUGAGCCAGGACCAUCAGGUCGACCGAGUGUUGGCGAACUUAAAGGAAGCGCAGUCGGACCUGGCGCGCUACGUGCACCUGAUGGCACUGCAGGAGCGCAACGAGCGGCUCUACUACCGUGUGCUCGUGGACCACAUUGAGAAGCUCAUGCCCAUCGUCUACACCCCCACGGUGGGCCUGGCGUGUGAGCGCUUUGGGUUGCUGUUCCGGCGGCCGCGGGGGCUGUUUGUGUCGCAGAAAGACCGCGGGCGAGUGAUGGAGCUGCUCAAGAACUGGCCGGAGAGGCGUGUACGAGCUAUUGUUGUCACGGAUGGGGAGAGAGUGCUUGGGCUUGGAGACCUGGGAGUUCAGGGCAUGGCGAUAGCAGUGGGCAAGCUGACGCUGUACACAGCAUGUGGAGGCAUCCACCCCGCAGAGUGUCUGCCUGUGACCAUCGACGUGGGCACCAACAACCAGGCCCUCCUCAAGGACCCCUUUUAUCCGGGGCUCAGGCAACCGCGUGUAACGGGAGAGGAGUACGACGAGCUGAUAGACGAGUUCAUGGAGGCGUGCAAGCAGAGGUUCGGGUCGGACGUGCUCAUUCAGUUUGAGGACUUUGCCAACCACAACGCCUUCCGCCUGCUCUUCCAGUACCGCGGCUCUCACCUUGUGUUUAACGACGACAUCCAGGGCACGGCAGCAGUGGCCCUGGCGGGGCUGCUUGCAGCCCUACCCCUCCUAGGCUCAUCCCUCUCCAACCAGACCAUUCUCUUCUUCGGGGCGGGCGAGGCUGGCACCGGCAUUGCUGAGCUGCUGGCGACAGCAAUCAGCAGAGAGGCAAACAUAUCCCUUGCAGAGGCUCGAGGGCGCAUCUGGCUGGUGGACUCCAAGGGCCUGGUGGUGCGCAGCAGAGUGGACUCGCUGCAGCCACACAAGGUGCCCUUCGCCCAUGACCACCCCGAGUCAGGCGAUCUCGUGGACACCAUCCAUGCCAUACGGCCAACAGCGCUGAUAGGAGUGUCAGGGCAGGCAGGGACGUUCACCCAGCCCGUGUGUGAAGCCAUGGCCCAACUCAACGAGCGUCCUGUCAUCUUUGCCCUCUCCAACCCCACGUCGCUCUCUGAGUGCACAGCAGAGGAUGCAUACCAGUGGACCCAGGGCCGAGCCGUAUUCGCCAGCGGCAGCCCGUUCCCCCCAGUGGAGCUGGGCGGCAGACGGUUUGUCCCCGGGCAGGGCAACAACGCGUAUGUGUUCCCCGGGAUCGGCCUCGGUUGUCUCAUGUGUGGCGCCACCAGGAUGAGAGACGAGAUGUUCCUCGCUGCUGCUGAGGCGCUGGCUGCACAGGUGAGCGACGAUGACAGGGAGCAGGGGCGCGUGUACCCACCCAUUUGGAAGAUCCGACAAAUCUCAGCACACAUCGCCAGGGCUGUUGCCGCCAAGGCCUACGACCUCGGUGUGGCGACGAACUUGCCCAAGCCACCAGACCUCCUGUCAUACGCCUUCAGCAAAAUGUACAACCCUCACUACAGAAGCUUCCGAUGA